AAAUCAUCGUUGAUGUGAAAUGAUUUGAGUUUAUCGAGGAGUUAUUUUCGGACAAAUGAUAUCGAAAAAUCUCUCACAAAUAAUCGAUUAAAAUCACCAUCGUCGUUAAUGUGAAAUCAAUCGCAGAAGCGAGAGAGAAAUUCGAGCUCUAAACAUUGGCUGCACUACUUUAUCGCACAACCCGAUUAUAAAAAAUUUUCGCUGUACAAUUUUUCCAUUUUGACGACGAUUUUCAGUUUGAAGUAUCGAAAAAUGAAGGAAUUUAACAUGGAAUAAAGAGGAAAUUGGAGCUGCAUUUUGUUCAUCUUGCCGACGACAUAAUCUUCGUUGAAGAACAAUGCCAAUGACGACCUUCUAAAUCGUAUAAUUCGUGUAACGUCUCCAUACACACCAUUUCCUCUUCUAAUUAAUAAACCGUGUAUAACUUUCGUGGUUUUACCCAAUUUUUAUAUCAUUAUGAUGCGGGCAAGUAAUACGACCACAAGAAGAAAACGUUUGAAACGUUUUAGAAAAACGCCUUAUCCCCAAAAACAAGGAAUGUCUGAACAAGACACAAAUGCAAAUGGAGAUAUCGCCAAGGAUUUUUUGUCUACUGGACGUACCGGAAGGAGGAAUGCGCUGGCUGACGUUUUAGGCGAACAUCAAAAUGUAUCCACUUCGGAUUUGCCUUCAAAAUUGGAGAAACUUUCGACCAAUGAUGCCGAAAGUUCCACUUCUAAACAAAAUUGUGUCAACGAGAAUCAAAAUUCGACUACAUCUACGUCAACUAAAGAAGGUUAAAAUUCUACUACUACUACCGAACCAUACUUCGUAGACUUAGAAGCUACGCACACCAGACUAAGAGCGAACCAUUAUGGACAGGUUCAAGCGAAUAAUAAAUUUUCAACUUUAUUUAGCCCCUUUUUUUUAUUCUUAAUCUUCAUUCUCGAAAGGCGAUUUAUCUAAAACGUCAAUUACUUUUCUUCUCAAAUGUAAUUUCGUCACGUUCCUUGAAUUUUGACGGUUGUUCUUUCCUCUUUUACUGUCUUUUAAAACGCUUCAAUGAAUUCCAGCUUUCGAGCGAUUUGUGUUUACUCGUCCGAUUUCAAAGCAAUUAUUUAAUUAAGAGCGUUAUUUAUUGCUUAAUUCACCAGAAAACAUCAAUAGGUUAGAUAUAAAGACAGUUUUUCACCAGAUGUACAGUUUAUUACGUUAAGCUUUUUACAAAAUUUGUUUUUACUAUUUAAUAAUCUUAAUUCUCGAUUCCUAUAAUUUUUUUAAAAAGUUUAACGAAUUGAAUAACAAAAAAAAAAAAAGAAAAAAAGAUUGAUAAUAAAUUUUUACACGUUGAAAUAAUAAUGAUUAUGUAGAGAAAACAUGUUCCUAUUUUACCUAUUUAUUUGAAAUGAAUUUUUAUACGUAUUGUAUGUUUUUAAAUAAUAUAUAUUGGAAAAAUAUAGUGAUCUUACGUAUAUAUUUAUAUAAAAAUUAAUAACGCGAAGUACAAAUUUUAUUUGUUUUUCGUUUCAUUUUGCAAAACAUUGUAUCAUGUGCGUUGUUUUCCGUGAUGACAUUGUAAUCAUUUUACCUCAGUAAUAUCUGCCUACUAGUCAAUAAAUUAAGCAUGUAAGUUGUGAACCAAACAUUUUUAUUUAUUCCUAUGUAUUUUCCCCCUUUUUCUUUUAUUUCUUUCUUUUUGGAAAUGAAUAAAUUCCAAGAAAUAUAA